AACGAUUGAGAUCGUCAUGGUAGAUCAAAUUCCACAAAGACAGCAGUGCAAUAAACAAGUUUUUAGUGUAAAUUCGUCCUAAAUUAAAAUCUGCAAAAGUUUAAACAAUUUCUGAUAAAUAAUUACGUUAAAAGUGAUACAAUAUGCCGACAACGGUUCUUAAAACAUUUUCCGUCCUGAAGAAUCAUCUCAAACUAAAAGUCGACCCGGAUUAUGUUUCCAUCGAUAAUAUCAUUUUUAAACUCCAUUACAGAGCCACCUUCCUGAUUCUCUUGGCUGGCUGUCUUCUCGUUUCUACAAGGGAAUUCAUUGGAGAACACAUAAGAUGCACAAGCGAUACUGGGGUGCCAAAUCAUGUAAUAGACACAUUCUGCUUCUUCACGUCCACUUUUACUGUCGUGAAGCAUAUGAAUCAGACAGCAGUAGAAGAGGGAGAAGUACCUCAUCCUGGUGUCGGUCCCAUGAGCAAGAAAGAUGACGUAGUUCAUCAUGCUUAUUACCAAUGGGUUCCUUUUGUUCUCUUCUUUCAAGCAUUGCUUUUCUACCUACCCCAUUAUAUCUGGAGGUCAACUGAAGGUGGCCGUUUAAAGUUUCUAGUCUCUGGACUACAUUUAGCGUCUUUAGCCGUACGAGAUGAAAAAAUCGAAGUCGAUGGAAUGUAUAUACCAACGAGGGGAGAUCGUGAUGAAAAGAUACGCCAAAUUCGAAGCGGAUUCAUAAAUCGUCUUCAUUUAAAUCGACCUUGGGCUUACUAUUUGGGAUUUUGUGAGGUCCUCAACUUCACCAACGUUCUCAGCCAGAUUUAUUUGACCAAUUCGUUUUUGGGUGGAGCUUUUCUCCAUCUUGGUACUGCUGUUCAGGAAGCUGGACAUAAUCACGAAGACAAAAUGAAUCCUUUGGAUGAAAUUUUUCCAAAGGUCACUAAAUGCACUUUUCACAAAUAUGGUCCAUCGGGUUCAAUACAGAAACAUGAUGCUCUUUGUGUGAUGGCAUUAAAUAUUAUUAAUGAGAAAAUAUACAUCUUCCUUUGGUACUGGUUUAUUCUUCUUGCAAUUAUGACUGGUUUGGGACUCUUGUGGAGGGUCCUUACGAUGACUCUACAUGCCAGAAGUCUCAUUUUCAACAAACUCGUGUUCUCCAUGGCCUGCCCAGGGAAAUAUAAUCCCUGGAACGUACUCAGGGUUACAAACGACUACCACUUCGGUGACUGGCUUUUCCUUUAUUACAUAGCAAAGAACUUAGACAAUUACGUGUUCAAAGAGCUGUUAUACCAGUUGGCUGAAGACCUCGAGGAAAGAAAACAAGCGAGGUAUAAUACCAUUCCGAUGGAGGAAUAUGAACCUUUGAAGAAAGCUACAUAAAAAAUUCAAUAAAUUCCCUUUUAUAAUCAAAUAACAACAAAAAACUAAUCUGGAUUUUAAAAGAAGCUCUUAUAGAACUAUGGAGCUACUGUUUUUAUGAUUUGCUACCUGAAUUAUGAAUGAAAUUGGUUUUGGUUUUUGCAAUUGUUAAAUAUUUUUUAUUCAUAAUGCUUACACAUGCUACGCAAAUCAUCUUUUAAGUUUCCAAAUGUACUGAUUUUAUGUAGUAAAUGCUAGUUGAUCAACUUGAUCCCGAAAUUGGAUCAGAUUUCGGACUUUUUUUUAUCUGCCAAUUGCCUGUCAUGAAUUUUCAUGUAGACUGACAGUUGUUAUGACACAUCAAAGUAAUGAAACAUUGAAAUUUCAAUACUGAGCUUUGAAGAAAUUUCUUGCUUUCAGGGGGAAACAUUAAAGAGACAUAGAGAUUUAUCGACCAAUAUAUUUUCUCCCCAAAGAAAUUCAACAAUUUUGUAAACAUUCUUUGUCCGUCCUAGAAAAUCAUUUUUUGUUUUGUUUUAAAGUCUACAAUGAUAUUUUUGGCUAUGCAUUUUCUUAUUUAGUUCAAAAUUCAAUAAUUUUAUUAAAACGUCAUUUUUUUUGUCAAAAAUUUAACUAAUUGGUCGAAAAUUAACUU